AUGCCCGCAGAGGCCAGGCCCCCGCAGGCCAGGCCGCCCGCCCAGGUGAGCGACGGCCGCGCGGCAGACCCAGCGCAUCCGGCGCACGCGCCUGGCCCCACAGCCUUGUCGGCGGUCGGUACUCUCCCCGCUGGCUGCGUUCAGUCGGACGGCGAUGCGGCGGCUGCAGCGGCCGCGCCGUCACCUCAAGCGGCAGCCGCUGCACCGCCGCCACCGCUGGGGCCGACCCCGCCCAGCGCCCCGCAGCCGUGGUCAACAGCCGAGGCGGCGGUAGCCCAGCCGCGCUGGGCCGUGCUAGGCCCGGCUGCGAAGGCGUCGGUGACUGCACCGAGCGCCGCCUCGCCCUCAGCCGUCAUGCCAGGACAUGUGGCGGGCGCUGCCGCCGCCACUGCGACGCCAGAGACGCUCCCUCGGGCUGCACCUUCGACGCCGCCAGACGGAGGUCAGCUGCGGGCUCACGAGAAGGGCGUCGCGCACCCUCGCUGUUCGGUGCGGAAGGCGCUCAAUGCCGCGCCGCAGUCUCCCAGUUCGGUGCGGAAGGCGCUCAGCGCAGCACCGCGUCCGCAGCCGCAACAACCGGAGCAGCCGCGCCCGCCCGAGGAGCCCCUGCGAGGUGGGGCCAGCGUCGGCGCGGCGCGCGCUGGCCAGCCCCAGCUCCGCGCUGGCGGGUCGCCUGCCGUUGCGGCGUUGGCGCCCACGCGCCGGCCAGAACAGGGCCACCGAUUGGGUGUCGCUGUCACUGCCACGCCCGCCGACGGGGUGCCGAGGCGUGGGUGCACGGCUGGCGCAUGCCCCAUGGUGCCACGGGGCCGCGCGCCUGCGUCCAGCGGGGCGGCCACGCCGUCAGCGGAGGCUAGCGCCCGGUGCGUUCGCCAGCUGCGCAGCGGCACGGUGGGCUCCACGCCGAAUCUGUUGUUGCAGUGGACGCCACCACUGCCGAUGCUAGCACACGGGGCUGGCGCGGCUCCAGGCAAGGCGGCGACUGCUCCUGCCUCCGCCGCGGCGCCGCCAGCUUUGGGCCGUGACGCGGCGGUGCGCGCGCAGUCGCCAGAAGGUUGCCUGCAGACAGGCGUGCGGCAGGCGUCCACCGUGGACCAAGCGUGGUUCAAAGCUCCCCGUAGCUCCAGCGCAGCAGUGCCCGCCUCGUCGCCGGCACACCGUUCGAUGUCGCCGAGGCUGAGCGGGAGGCGGUCCUACGGGGCUUCAUGUCGGAGCAGCUCCUUUUUGCUUGCGGCGUCGCAGGCAGAGCCUCCGCGGACCGACAUGCCUACGACCGCCUGGCCGCCGUGCCCAGAGUUGCUGCCCAGCAUGGCGCUCACCGCGUCGCCCGUGCUGGCGCGGUCGCCCUCGGACUCCACGCUCUUGGCGACACGCCCCGCGUCGCGUGCGCCAUCGCCCAACCCAGGGAGGCAGUCGCCGUUGAUGCAGCUGCAGUCCCGCGCCACCUCGCCCGCGACCCGCGCCGACGGGCUGAGUGCGGUGAUCGCGACGGCCGCGCAGGACUCCGCCGCGUUGUUCGCCGCGCUGCAGAUGUGCGACGGCCAACAGAUCAUUGGCUCGCGGGGCACCCUGCCAGCCCGCCUGGCAGGCAGGCCGACCUUAGGCGCGUUGUCGCCGCAGUCCUCGUCGCAGUGUCUCAUAGCUCCAGCGUCGGCGCCCGUGGAUGCGGCGGCAGCCGCCGCCAAUAGUGGGCAGAUGUCGUGCCUUGUGGCCAUGGAACACCCCGCCUCCGCGGCACCCGCGCAGCCGCCGCGCUUCAUCAGCGACGCUAGUUCUGCGGCCUCGGUGCCCGUGAGACCAGGCACCAGCUGCUGCACAGUGCUCUGUUGA